UUAAUUACACAGUAACCCAUAUCUGUGAGUUUUUCUCGGCGAAGACGAUGAAAUCACUCGCAUAUUUGUGCAUAUUAGUCUGCGAACAAGUAUUCAUACACGGUGCUUUUCUCAGUAAACAACAAAGCUUGAAGAGAUGGGCUUCUUUCAAGAUCGAACACAGCAAGAAUUACGAAACGGAGAAAGAAGACGAGAGAAGGAUGAAAAUCUACUUGGAUAAUCUGAAGAAAAUAAUCCAUCACAACGAACUUUUCAAAAAAGGACGAACUACGUACGAACUAGGAAUAAAUAAAUUUUCAGAUUUGGCCGACGAAGAAUUCGCCAAGCUAUAUUUAUCUACGUUUGAAACGAAUCGAAAUAUCAGUAAGGAGUCACCCAACCAAGACUCUUUUUUCGAGGAUUCUCCAGAAUACAAGAAUUGGGUUAAAGAGGGAAAAGUGACUUCUAUCAAAGAUCAAGGUCAAUGUGGGAGUUGUUGGGCAUUUGCUGUUGUGGCUACUGUGGAAUCUCAUGUGGCCAUAAAAACUGGAAAAUUAGAAGAUCUUAGUCCACAACACUUGGUAGAUUGUGACAGGGAAUCGUACGGUUGCAAUGGAGGGUACUUGUCAUCGGCAUUCAGUUAUGUGAGAAGAAGAGGAAUUGCAACCGAAGAAUCGUAUCCAUACCAUGCUGAGAAAAACACCUGUCAAUCAAAGCGCAGAGGAGCUCGCAUCACAGGAUACAAAUUAGUCCCGUCCAAUGAACGUAAAAUUAAACAAAUUGUAAGCACUAUUGGACCCGUUACUGUUGCCAUUGAUUGCGGUAAUCAGAUAAAUCAGUAUCAAUCAGGAAUUUUCGCUCCAGAGAGUGGUUAUUCAAGAGGUGGUCAUGCUGUUAUGAUAGUUGGCUACGGUACCGAAUCAGGAACCGAUUAUUGGCUGGUGAAGAAUUCUUGGUCGAAGAGUUGGGGUAUGGACGGAUACUUUAAAAUAAUUCGUAACCAGAAUGCAUGUGGAAUCACAGACGAAGUUUACUACCCAACGGGAGCACAUUGAGAUAAAUGGAAUACUUCUGCAGAAAUAGCGUAGUCCUAUCAGUGAUCAAGCGAAUAAUUUUUGUUAAAAAAAGAUCUGUCAACCGACUUGUGUACAGUAAUAAAGUUAACUUAUUUUGUGCUUUGAUAUUCAUCAUCAGAA